AUGUCUUUGAUCAUUCGAAAUAUCUCAAGCAUAAGGGAAGAAUGGAGAUAACUCUUGAAAAAAAGAAUUAAAAAAAACAAAAGAAAGAAUUAAUAUACUAUACCAUAUAAGUUUGACGAUGAUACAUAGAAUGCUAAAUAAAAAAAUGACUCUUUGCUGAUUGUUUAAAAUAUUCCAACAACUAUCCCAAAUAAUAAUGUUUUUAGAUUGAAAUCAAACAUUCAAUUUUCCUUAAAUAUCAAUAAGGAUAAUUCAUUAGGUUCGCUCUUUGUUGAUCCUCAUUCCAACAAUUACAAAAUUGCCAGAAUUGAUAAAAGGAAAAAUCUAAUAAUACUAACUUUAGAUUAAAUAGAUAGGCCCAUAACUCCACCAGAAGUUCUGUAUUCUAUAUUUAAAGAUAGAAACUAGAAAUUAGCUUAAACAUUCAUGAAAUAUAAUAACAGAAACCUUGACCCAACUAAAUUCAUUCCAUCUAAAAUACAGGAAAUGGUAGAUUUUGAAUAAAAGAUUUAAGGAAAGCCUUAUGCAGUUUAUGUGAAUAUUUAUAAAGAUGGUAUAUGGAAAACAUUUUAAAAGAUUUUUAAUCUAGAAUAACUAAGAAUUUUGGCUAUAUCAGAGGAGAUGUUCUUUCAUUAUUGUAAUGAAACCCAGUUAAUCCCUAUUAGUGCAUUUUAUGAUUAAAAUGAUUAAUAAUUGAAUGUAUUUUAUAAGACAUUUAAAGGGAUUGUUGGCCAAUAACCAAUCAAAAGACAAUAUAUGAAUUAUAAUGGAGAUCAAUUUACUGCUACUCUUUUAGUCUAAGGUUUUUUUAUAAAAGACGAAGAAAAGAAUUUAUUUUUUGAAUAUACAUACUUUGUAACAGAAUGUGAUUAGAAAUGGUUAGCUUAAGAAAGAGUGAAAUAAAAUGAGCUGGAUUAUUUUAAUAUCAGACCUAUAUCUUAUUCAACUGAAGAAUCUUUCUAUGAAGAGCCAUUAAAAAGAUGUGGAUUCAAAAUUUUGAAUUAGAAGUGA